AUGGCCGAUACUAAGAGCCCAGCUCGGGUCGACAUUACAGAUGCCUCGCCGUCGUCUGAUGGCGGUUUGGACCACGAACUCACCAACCCCCCGGAGAACCCAUCCCGCAAGAGGUCGACGUGGAGGCGAUUAGUCGGAUACUUUUGGGACUCUGUCGACGGAGAUCCUAGGGACAGGCGAUACAUUCAGAAACUCGACACCUUUCUCUUGUAAGUCAUUGCAGUGAGGGAGGUCGGGAGUGAUACUGAUCUUGACCACCUUAGCUCAUCUAUCUGCUUGGGCUACUUCGUCAAGUAUCUCGACCAGACUAACAUCAGUACGUAAUACCCUUCCUGUCCCUAGGGGGUCUCUCAAGGUUCCGUGCUAAUUCACUCCAGGUAAUGCCUUUGUCAGUGGUAUGAAGGAAGAUGUAUGUCAGCAAGAGCCUACACUGAGACGACCACCACUAACUCUCACCAGCUUGGCCUUUAUGGAAAUGAACGAAACUGGUUGAACAGCUACUUCAACAUCGGUUAUCUGAUUGGAACCGUGCCGACGCAGAUGGUACAACUCCGAUACGUCCGACCGUCGAUCUGGAUUCCUCUGUGCGAGGUCCUUUGGUCGAUCAUGGUCAUGGCCAUGGCGGGUGCGAAAAAUGUUGAAACUGUAAGCUUGGAUACGUCUACUCCAUGUUGGCAGAGAAUCAAAUGGUUGCUGACCGUCGCCGCAAGCUUUACGUCCUCCGCUUCUUCUGCGGCCUGUUUGAAGCUUGUGCCUUUCCUGGAUACGCGGCAUUACUCGGCGGCUGGUACGGCCCUCAGGAACUGACCAAGAGAGUAGCAAUCUUCGAGCAAACUAGUGCUAUCGCGUCCAUGUUUAGUGGCUAUCUGCAAGCUGCGCUCUAUCAAGGCUUGAAUGGGCACAAUGGCUUAGCUGGCUGGAGGUGGCUCUUCAUCUUCGAUGGGUAAGUGUUUCGCCACGACUCGGUUGGUCUUAUGGACCACGAGCUGAUACUGGGUGAUAAUAGAAUCAUUUCGAUCCCCAUAGCAGUAUGGGGUUUCUUCGCAAUCCCCGAUCUCCCGCAUACCACACGCGCGUUCUACUGGAAGGGUGAUGUGUGUUCUCCAUUCUUGCUACGCUCUCGUCGGAGGGUACUGACGAUUCUCAUAGGACAAAGAAUACGGAAUCAAACGUGCAGAAAACCAUGGACUGGUUGCUCCAAGGAAGCUGACACUAAGAGCCAUCUCGGGGGUUUUCCUGAACUGGAGGUUAUGGGUGUUCAUUCUGCCGUAUCUGUAAGUGGACACGUCUUCGCCCGUGAGGAUCGAUACUGAGCAUCGGCUACAGGAUGGUCGCCCAGUCGGGCAGCGGAACUGGGUACUUUAAUCUAUAUCUCAAGGAUGCUGGGUACAGCGUCGUGCAAACAAAUGUCCUGCCAACGGCGGGCAGUGCCAUCAGCGUCGUCGCGGCAUUUCUCGCUGGCAGUAUCGUCGACGCAACUGGAGCAAGAUUCACAGUCUCCGUCAUUAUACAGCUUGCAGUCUUGGUAUCCAACAUCUUACUCGCGGUUUGGUCAAUUCCUGAGGGAGCAAAGAUGUUUGCCUACUUUUUAUCCUAUGUCGGGGCGGCCGCACAACCAAUCAUUAUCGUAAGUAUCGGCUGCUUCAAGUUGCGAUGAGAAAUUCGCUUCGCUGACCACCAUUGUUUAGUCGUGGGGCCAGCAUUUGACUGCCGGUGAUCCCAUUCUCCGACAGCUUCUUGUUGCCACUGGUAACAUUUUUACCUACAGUUUUUCAACAUGGAUGCCACGUAAGUGAUUGAAUACUAGGCUUCAGCCGGAAUCUAACUAACGUACCGCUCCAGUGGUUCUCUUCCCGACAAAUGAUGCCCCUCACUACAAGUACGGAUACCAGAUUUUGAUCCUCUGGGGCGGUCUUGCAAUCACAGGAGCAUACUUGAUGAGAGUCCUUAGCAAGCAAUUUAGGUGCGUCGCUAUUUAG